AUUGGCCCGCCCGCUCCCCGCCGCUUUGGCCCAAUGGCAGCGCACGAUGCUGAGGGGUGACGGCAGGAAGGCAGAGCUGACGCACCGCCCCUUCCCUUUCGCUGCCGGGCCGCCAUCGCGAGCGCACGUUCUAGGCCUGUCUGCCGCGCCGCCUCCCAAGAUGCGUUACGUCGCAGCUUAUCUUCUGGCGGUCCUCGGGGGCAACGAAUCUCCCACGUCAAAGGACUUGAAAAAGAUCCUCGACAGCGUUGGCAUCGAGACGGACGAUGAACGCAUGAACAAGGUUAUUAGUGAACUGAAUGGAAAGAACAUCGAGGAUGUCAUUGCUCAGGGUAAUGGAAAACUUGCCAGCAUGCCAGCUGGGGGAGCUGUGGCAGUCUCUGCUGGAGGGGGCUCUGCGGCUCCUGCUGCAGCUGCUGCCCCUGCUGCCGCUGAGGAGAAGAAAGAAGAGAAGAAGGAGGAAUCUGAAGAAUCUGACGAUGACAUGGGAUUCGGCUUAUUUGAUUAAUUAUUUGUUAUAGAGGGAUUAUUAAAAUUCUUUGGUUUAAA